UUUAUUUUUAUAACUCGCGCUUUUCUUCAGACUUGUAAAAAAAAUUUACGGAAUUUUAUUUUUAAAAUUAAAUCACUCGUCAAUGUAUAAUGAUUCACACCAAGUAUUCGGUUGGAUAGAGAUGAGGAACGCGUUCAUAUAUGUAUAUCUAUACAAAAUACAUGUACAUAUAUAUUUAUUACAUCUUAUAAAUUAUCACUUAUGAGUAUUCACCCGAGUGUAAGCACUAGACAAAAAAAUUUAAUGAAAUCAGAGCAGAUUGAGCGUUGAGCCAAGCAUCAGAAGUUAAUAUGCCUUUUUAUUUGCCGCUCAUAUUUAGCUACGUCGAGUAAAUUAUAUUUAUAGAAAUCCCAGAUAUUAAUCGCGCCAGCAAAUACCCACUCACUUUACAAAGAAAAUUACAACAGAAAAAAAAAUUCAAAUCAAAUUAAAUAAAAUGAAUUUUAAAAUCGACUUUCUAUCUAAUUGUUUCCAGCUUUAAUUAAUUAUAUGUUUAUACAAAGUACAAUAGAUUGAUAUUGAAAUAAGUAUAUUUUAUUGUGUAUUAGUCCAUUAGUAAUUUGUAGACGACAUUAAAUGAUUCACUGACUCACGACCCAUCUAAUUCUCUAAUUGAACCUCGUCAAUUUUAGCGUUAAGCCAAAAGGGACGGUAUAUACCAGCCAGAAAACAUCACUAGUGUAACAUACUAUUGACCCUUGUGCCCCUUUCGUAAAAUAACCAACCACAAAUAACAAAAAAUCUAAAACAAACCGAGGAUCUAAGUUAAGAUUUUUUUACAAACGAAUGUAUAUUUUUGUUGAAUACAUUAACCUUCUAUAAAAGUUAAUUUAAUUUCUAAAAUUUUAUUUUGCUUACAUUAUCUUAGCAGUGAACCGUAUCAUCAAACGCUGAGCCGUCAACGGAAAUACGAGAUGCUUGAGCAUGAUCCGAAAUUUCUAAGACGUUUGUUCCCUUUAUUACAUACACAACACAUACGUUUGUAUGGUUAUGUAUACAGAUAAACAUAUAAUAAUAAUAACAAUAAUAAUAAUAAUAAUAAUAAUAAAGACAGGAAGCUGGUCCAAUGCCACCGUGGUUAGCGAGUUAGCAUUUGGCUAACUUUUAGGGGGAUUUAGACGCAGUCAAUGGACUUCUUGUACUCUAUCCCAUUAACUCUCUCGCUCUUUAACUUUUUAAUAAAAAUAUUUAAUAUAUUCAUUCAUAUUUCUUUACUAAUUAUUUUUUUACGGCCCAAAGUUUCAUAUCUCCAUAAAAAAUGGAAAGAAAAAAAAACGUUUUAGAUAACUUAUUUUUCAAGGGUAAAUAAAUACCGUUUAGAUAUUACAUAUUUGCAGAGGCUUUUGCGAUAUCGGAUAAAAAAAUUUCUAUUUAAAUAUUUUAUCUACAGAUAUAGAUUGUUUCGUGUCCUUUAUUUAUUUUCACCCGAGCUAUUUUUGUUGAAUCAUAUUUUUCUAAAACUGUCAUAUCAUGUCAUCUGUAUCUUAAUCAUGACUUUCGACCAACGAUACGAAGACUGGCUGUGACAAAAGUAAAAAGUAUUGACCCGAAAAAGUUUUAACAUUUUAAAAGAUUCUAGGAAACUCUCUGACCGACAAAAUGAUCUAUUGCGCAGGAUUGGGAGUGCGCACGCAACCCGGCGCGCUUAUUUGCUCCCGCCCUUCCUCGACCCUUUUCAUUCCUCGUGUUUUCAGACAAUUUAUGUCUCAUUCCGCGUGUAACAUUCUCUUCGUAUAGUCCACUGACCCACCGAAAUAACAUACAAUAAAAAAGAACAAAAAAUUAUCAUUAUUGUUAUUUAUAUUUACAUUUACCGUAAAAGGAAAACGAACAAACACUUGAUCAAUAUCAAUUGAGUUUAAAUUUUUAAUUGUGAAGUUUUUUUUUUUUUUUUUGAAACAAAAUCAGUGGCAUUGUUUAUCAAAAACAAUAAGAAUAGAUGUGUUGCGAAAAUAAAAUAAAGUUAAAAAUAAAUAAUUAAAUUGAUGAGUUAAUGAAUCGACGAGACGUUAAUGAGUGAUAUGAUUGUAAGAGAGAAAGCAACAGUUGUGUUGGUAACGUUAAUUGCCUCGUUUCGUUUAAAUUGAAGAGAUGCAAGACGUUUGCAGAAGCUCUUUUACAUUAGCUCUUUAGCUCGACUCUUAGCUCAUUGACGUUCGGAGAAACUUGAGAAAGGGAGUGAGAUAUAUAUAUACAUAUAUAUAUGAUAAUAGUACACUAGCCAUCAGCAACAGUAACAGUACUACAACAGUGCUCGUAAUAAAUCUUCAAGUACAGCCUCAUCCUAUCAUACAAUAUAUAUAUAUAUAUAUAUUUAUAUAUAUAUUUGCUGUGUGUUCAUUGUGUGACGAGUAUCGCGAGAAAAUGCGAAUCAGAGAUGAAAACCGAUAUGCCGAACGAAGCAUCGCAUACUUUGGCUCGCGAAGCAGAAGUGGUGGGACUAAAAUUGAGAGUACUAACGCAAGUCUCAUGGAAGAAAGAGAAGAUGUUGUGUUCAUUUCCAGUAAAGACAGUCAAGCAUCCGCACUCUGGGUCAACUACCUCACUGCCUGCUUUGAACAAAUCAGCAGACAGCAGGGACGCCCGCCUUUCAAGGUGAGACACGUGGCGAUUGAAGACGCAACGGCUAUUUCAUCCUCGGUCCAUGAAAAAAUAUCAAAAGCACGGUUACAAAUAAUCGUCGUGUGUCCCAUUUUACUGGAAAGAGCCUCGAAUAAACCGGAGCAGGCAUCGACUUUAGCCAAACAAUUGGCACCCGAGCGUGUAUUAGCAAUGAUGCUGGGUGUCCACGACGGACAUUUGACUGAAAGCCAAAAGACUGCCCUCAUUACUUACUCACAAUGGCGAAAAUUUUUCGUUAAGGAUCAGGAUGAGACGUUUGUCGGUGAAUUUUUAGGCGCAGCAGUCGCUAUUUUGGGAUCCGCGCCAUCAGCUGCUUUGAAGAGUGACAAAACGACCUUUUCCAUUCAUCCAAAAAAAGUUAAAAUGGGACAAAGUAGAGUGCUGGCUAUUUUGAAUGAUCCUCUGAGACCAGAAGAUUCUUUCAAUGUCAUCGUGGAUCGCUGUGGCGAGGGUACAGAAAUAACUCAAGUGAAGAAACGUAAUCCGUAUACUCUACAGUUUUCCAUACCAGAUAGAUGUCUUGAAGUGUCGAUGCUUGUCGGUGUGAGGGUAAUCGUUAAUGGAAUGCCUCAGGGAAUACGUCAAGUCAAGUGCGAAAGCAGACUCAGAGAGCUGGAUCAAAUUCUACGGGCACACGAUAAUCCUUUGGAGUUUAUGUGCCAGACAUUUGGAUUUGGCUCAGGAGACAGAGAGCAACUUGACAACUGGAUGGUUCAUGCAUUCCAAAAAAAUGUCCCACCACGUUUCAAUCUUUUGGCAACGCCCAGUGGUUCUGCGCCAUUACAAAAAAAUACCAUAAGCCAAGAAGAAUAUCCGACAUUAUUACAUUUCGCCGCACGUUUUGGUCUAGAAAAACUUGCCUGGCAAUUGCUUGAUUGCCCUGGCGGCGAAAUAGCAUGUGACUUGAAAAACGUAUCCGAACUUACGCCAGCGGAACUUGCUGAGCAAGCCGGGCAUACUAAAUUAGCACAUCAGCUUCGUGGUUACAUGCAAAUGAAUGAGUUCACAAAUAUGUACAGCUAUCUAAAAGUAAUAAGUGAAAAUACAUCCGGUACUGAAGCAAAUAAUGAAAGUGCGCCAGUGCAAUUAAAUAGUCUGGACACAGAGCACGAUAAAGAGGACUAUUGUCAACCACGACCAAUCAGCGAAGCUUAUUUAGUGCCGCCGGCAGCUCGGCCAGUGAUUACUUCAGCUUCUAUUUCGUGUACACCACCGCAACUGCCACCACCGAAUCCUACGACCUCGCCCAAUCUCUGCGAGAUGAAUUACUCGAUUGUACCGCCACCAACACCUGUACUUGGACCUUUAUUUACUCCAUCGCCAAUGUCAACAUCAACACAGUCAACAGUAAACUUCGAAGCUAAUGGUCUGAGUCUACCACUUCAGGGAUAUUUGAAAAUGCAUCCCGCCGGCCCUAAAUUAACUAGCGCACCGAUCACUGCACCGCUGAUGGCAUUGAAACCAACAAUGUCGCAGUCACUACGCAAAGAUUUUCCAAUAAAUCGCGAAGACUUUAUGAACUCUCACUUGCCUAAUUUGGGAGGAAGCUUAAAUCGAUCAACAUCGUAUCCUGGAACAAAACCUCGAGAGCCAUCUGGACCUCAAGAUGAACUUCUUGAGAUAAUAAAUGACUUUAAAAAUAACGUAUUUACUAUUUCUGAGGUUGAGAGGCUUGUGGAGAACUGGCGAAACCGCAAUGACGUCCAGCAGAGUUUCAAGGAUAAACAGAGACAGUUGGCCUCGAUGCGAGACGAGUAUGAAAGGAUACAGAAAAAGAUGAAAGAAGAGAUGAAAGCUCCGACACCCUUUGAUAGGUUUAAAAAACUUUUUACAAAAAGUAAAAAAGAUUCCAAGGAGUCCUCUAGUGCUAGUAGUCAGGAUGACGAUACUGCAUCGACACACAGCAAGACCGAUAAUAAAUCUAAUGGAACUCUCAGUGACCGUCGACCUAUCAGCAGCCUUAGUCUACACAGCGUCUCUAGUUCUUCCUCUUCCGGGCGGAUGAGUGUUAUCAGUGGGUGUAGUGGAACUAGUCUAGGUGACAGCGGAACUCAUUCAGACACAGAAGACCGCCGCCUCAGAAAUUCAAGAGAAGACAAAGGCGGUAUGAUGACAUACGAAAUUCCACCAGCACCUAAACCAUUUACUGGUAGAUAUUCACCACUACGUUACACUCCGUCACCAAGAUCAUCGACAAAUUGUGUCGAUGAACAUCGAAGACAUCCUACACCAGCUAACGAGUAUUACAUCGCAUUCCCAGUGUCAGGCUUACCGAUUCAUUCUUUCAAUGCAGAUGGAUCAGCCGUCGAACCAAAAACACCCAGUUCACCGUGCGACCACUCAUUCAGCCCAUCGAUGAGUAUCCCCGAAGAGCAAUCGCACGGCGAAUUCAAUGAAAAUAACGAGUGUCAAAAAGAAAUAAAAGAUAUAAAUCAACUAUCGAUACCAUCACCGCCACCAUCUCCCCCUACGCACAUACCGCUCGAUUACAUAAACAUCACACCGACUGUAAAUUCAAAUGAUCUCCAGAAUGUCCUCGUAAAUAGUGACGUUAACAAUUCCUGUGAUAAUAAAAAAACCAACAGUAGCAACGACGUUGAUGCAUCACAAGUCAGUAGUGAGCUUCUUAGCAAGGUAAUAAAUACCAAAGAUCAAAAAAAUCCAGAAGACGAAACCGUAAAUCAUCAAGACACUUAUAUUCAGUCAAAUCACGUUGAAAAUUUACCCUUGGACAUCGAUGUUGUCGAUGCACCCGUACUGCACGAUUACAUGAAUAUUCAACCGUGUGAUCAAGACCCAAGAGUCGUCGGCGUUAUCCCGAAAAAACCACCGGCGCCUCCAGUUCCACCUCGAGCUCCAUCUAAAAAAUAGACGUGCCUUAAAAUUAGUCAAUUAAUCCGGCAUUUAAUUAACACGCAAUAAUUGUUAUUAUAUUAUACCAAAUAUAUAUAUAUAUGACCAAUAGAUAAAAAUGAUAAUUUACAAGCCAAA